GUUUGUCAUAUGCUGCCUUACUGAAAAAGCUAUAUAGAAGAAGAAGAAAAAAUGAAUUGAAAAGUUUCACCAUUAAAAUUACAAUUACUAAAAGAAAACGCAUAGGACGCAUAGCACGUUUUGUAUAUUUCCCCCUUUUUUUUCUUCACCGCUAUGAUGACUGACGGUAAAAGCUACGACUCUAGUGACAACAGCGCUUCGGAGAAGCGUCUGUCAAAACACAAGAAGGCCAAGAAACAUAAGAAGCACAAGAAAUCCUCGACUAACAAAAACGAGAAGGAUAGGCAUGCUCAUAAAAAGCACAGAAAGGCAAAAAAGCGCCCUCACCGCGCUAGCGAGUCUUCGAACGACUCUGACCCGCAGAAGAACGUCAAGGAGAAGAUGUCAAAGAACUCUGGGCUGAGCAACAAAUUCACAGAGAUCAUGCAAAAAGCCAGCCGUAAUGGACCCGACUUUCGGAUCGGCAAGCCCUUGCUGCCAACGGACCCCAACAGCUUGGUGGAGGAAAUCACCAAGACUAUUCAGAAUAAAGUGCUGCCCGUCUUGGAAGUGGCAAGUUCGGGCAGCGAAAGCGAUGUCCCCGCGGAUGUGGCCAGUCCGAUCAUAGCGUCUUUUAUCGAAGAUGAGUUGAACCUGGAGGAUCUAAUGCGACAAAAGGCUCUGCUACAGGCUCGCCUGGGCGCCUAUAUGUCGGACCCAGAGGCCGAGAACAGAGGCGAGCUUCAUCUCCAACUAAACCCGCAAACACAGGCCAAGCCAGUUUCCAAGGUGGCAACCUCCGCACCACAGCCACAGGUGCAGCCGAUGGGGGCCAGCAAGACUGCAGCACCGCUGGCUACUGCAUCCAGUAAACAUGCUAAUAUUAAACAGUCUAGCACGCAUAACUCAAAUGAAUCCGAUGUUAUAUUGUUGGAUGAUUCUAGCGGAGGCCAACGAACCCCCUCGCCGACACCUGAGAAGCGACGACGCCACGCAUCCCCCCUCGAAGUCGCUCAAAGAUGUCGAGCACGCGAUGACACAGUGACGCUCCUCGGCCGAAGGGAACGUCGUUCAAAAGAACGCGAGCGCUCACCCCCACGUCGCAGAGUAGUGGAUCAGCCGACCCAAGCCCGUCCUCGCAGCCGGAAUCGUAACAUGGAAGACUUACGGCAGGAAAUCAAUCGCGAUAAACAACGGGAAAGACGAGACCAUAGCCGAGACCGUGACCGGCGUGGACCGGAAAGGCCGUUCCCCACCGAUCUGAGACCAGGUCGUGCCAGGGAGCGGGAUGUUCGAUCGAAUCGCAGUCAGCGGUCACACAGCCGCAGUAAGUUUGAGUCGGACAGGCGCCGGGAGCGGGAGCGGCAAAAGGACCGGGAUCGUGGUGGCUUUGACCGUGGAAGUGGUCGUGGCGGUCCACGAGGUGGCGCUGAAAACGGGGAUAGGGAUCGAUACAAGGGAUCGCUGAGCGAGGGACAAAAAAAACACGAUAAAGACAGCAGUGACGAUGAGGUCAACCUGGAUAUUGACAUAAACGAUGAUGAGGAUGACGAAGAACGUAUCAUUGAACUACGUCGGAAAAAGCGCGAGGAGUUGCUUAAGAAACUAGGCACUGGGCAAGAAUCCCCAACUCCUCAGAACUCCAUCUCGUAUGAGUCUCGAAGCACUUCGCCAGGGUCAUCCCAACGCGGAAGACCCCUUAGGACGCCGACGCCCACCCAGACCAGUUCUGGUGUUCCAAAGGAUCAUCAGCAUCUGGACAACUCGGGUAACAUAAAAAACAGCUCCGUGAGGGAAAAGCGAAACGAGUGGGAUAUGUUUGCCGAUCAAGAUGUGGAUUCAAAUUUCGAUUCACCCAACACUAUCGUCCAGAAUAAGCACCAACAUGAAAACCCCGCCCUCACCGACAACUGGGACGACGCAGAAGGCUAUUAUCGAGUUCGGAUCGGUGAAGUGCUGGAUAAUCGCUAUCUAGUAAAUGGAUACACUGGACAGGGUGUGUUUAGCAAUGUCGUUCGUGGCAGAGACCAAGCUCGAGGACAGGCUAAUGUAGCCAUAAAAAUCAUACGCAACAACGAAAUUAUGCACAAAACUGGCUUGCGGGAACUUGAAAUUCUUAAGAAGCUUAACGAUGCUGAUCCGGAGGACAGAUUCCACUGCUUGCGGUUGUACCGUCACUUUUUCCACAAGCAGCAUCUUUGUAUGGUAUUUGAACCAUUGGCAAUGAAUCUGCGUGAAGUCUUAAAGAAAUAUGGCAAAAAUGUGGGCCUCCACAUCAAAGCAGUUCGUAGCUACACGCAGCAACUUUUUUUGGCACUCAAAUUGCUUAAAAAGACCGGCAUUUUGCAUGCGGACAUAAAACCGGAUAAUAUAUUGGUCAACGAAAAUAAUCUGAUAUUAAAGUUGUGCGACUUUGGGUCUGCCUCGGCAAUCAGUGACAAUGAAAUAACUCCUUACUUGGUGUCGCGAUUCUACCGUUCGCCAGAGAUUAUUUUGGGUAUUCCGUACGACUAUGGCAUCGAUACCUGGUCCGCCGGCUGCACAAUUUACGAGCUUUACACAGGAAAGAUUCUCUUCAGCGGAAAGAGUAACAACCAGAUGCUAAAAUUUUUUAUGGACGUUAAGGGCAAGAUACCAAACCGAAUUGUAAGGAAAGGUCAGUUUAAGGAGCAGCACUUUGAUCAAAGCUGCAACUUCCUGUAUCAUGAAAUAGAUAAGCUCACAGAACGGGAAAAAAUUGUUGUGAUGCCGGUAGUUAAACCCUCGCGUAGCUUGCAGCAAGAACUAAUUGCUGACCAAAACCUACCAGACGAUCAGCAGCGCAAGGUUACUCAGCUCAAGGAUCUGCUGGAGAACAUGUUCGCCCUAGAUCCGGCCAAGCGUAUCUCCCUCAAUCAGGCCCUACUUCACCCAUUCAUCCAGGAGAAGAUGUAGAGCGAACGACAAUUUCAAUUAAAUUUCGGACUGUUAAAGUAUUUCAUCAACGGCAUCAAGCGUCAACGGCGUUCAAUAAUUCGUGAGUAGAUUAAGUAAUUUGUUUCACAAAUUUAUGAUACGCUUUGGUUGAACUUGGUCAUUUGUUGUGAGGGUGUGACUUUCAGGUAAGUUUAAUUAAUUAAAUUUAAAAUCG